CCUCUAACUUCCUCUUGGACGGUAACGAGCGCAACAGUUUCACUACCAGAGACGAUGAUGGAGGAGCCGGUGUGAAGACACAUGAAACGUUUGUCCCUGCUCACCCUUUCGCCAAGCUUUUGUAAAUAAGGAGAUUUUAAAUAGGGCAUUUGAAGUGGGUUCACCAUGGGCUGUGUGGGGACCAAACCAGAGCAGGAUCCUAUUGGCAAGGCAAUGGGCAAUGACGACAGCCGCAGCCAACCAGCACAUUAUGUUAAAGACCCCACAACGGGGACCAAAGCUAACAGAACCACCUCCAGCCCAGGUGCUGGGACAGACAGUCCUGAAAACAUUGCUAUAGCCCUUUACGACUAUGAAGCUAUGCAUGAAGGUGACCUAGGUUUCAAGAAGGGAGACAGACUUAAAAUCUUGUUGGAGUCUGGUGAGUGGUGGAAAGCAGCUCUUCUCAGCACUGGUGAAGAGGGUUUUAUACCCAGUAACUACGUUGCCAAAGACACCCUGGAAACCGAAGAAUGGUUUUUUAAAGGUGUCAGUAGGAAGGAUGCUGAGAGACAACUGCUGGCAUCUGGUAACAAAACGGGAUCCUUUAUGAUCAGAGACAGUGAGACCACAGCGGGAAGCUACUCGCUGUCUGUCAGGGACUCAGACCCAUCAGGUGACACAGUGAAGCAUUAUAAGAUCCGCACACUCGAUAAUGGUGGUUUCUACAUCUCCCCACGCAUCACCUUCAACACCCUUCAGGAUCUUGUCAGCCACUACAAGAAGCAGAGCGAUGGGCUGUGUCAGUCUCUCACCGUUCCUUGCCUGAGUCCCAAACCUCAGAAACCUUGGGAGAAAGAUGCCUGGGAGAUCCCACGCGAGUCCCUCAAAAUGGAUAAACGACUGGGAGCUGGCCAGUUCGGAGAGGUCUGGAUGGCAACAUACAACAAGCACACAAAAGUAGCAGUGAAGACUAUGAAACCUGGCAGUAUGUCUGUGGAGGCUUUUCUCAUGGAGGCCAAUUUAAUGAAAACCCUUCAACACGACAAACUGGUCCGGCUCAAUGCCGUGGUAACCAAAGAGGAGCCCAUAUACAUCAUUACAGAGUACAUGGAGAAAGGUAGUUUACUGGACUUCCUUAAAAGCGAUGAAGGAAAUCGAGUCCAGUUACCCAAACUGAUCGACUUCUCGGCACAGACAGCAGAAGGCAUGGCUUACAUCGAACAGAGGAACUACAUUCACAGAGACCUUCGUGCCGCCAACAUCCUGGUCAAUAAGAGUUUGGUGUGUAAGAUUGCCGACUUUGGUCUCGCCCGUAUUAUAGAAGACAACGAAUACACAGCCAGAGAAGGUGCCAAGUUCCCCAUUAAGUGGACUGCUCCAGAAGCUAUAAACUAUGGAUCCUUCACCAUCAAAUCAGAUGUUUGGUCUUUUGGCAUUCUGCUGACUGAAAUCAUUAGCUAUGGUCGCACUCCGUACCCAGGCAUGACAAACCCAGAGGUGAUCCGUGCUCUGGAGAGAGGUUAUCGGAUGCAGCGUCUGGACGCCUGCCCUCAAGAGCUCUAUGAUAUUAUGAUGGAAUGCUGGAAGAAUAAGCCAGAGGACCGACCCACCUUUGAAUACCUGCAGAGCAUACUGGAGGACUUUUAUACUGCCACUGAGAGCCAAUAUCAGCAACAGCCUUAAUACAGACACACACAUGCACACCUUGAUAUGACAUGUUAUGUAAAUGCCAGAUGUAGAUCUAAAUACUCCACUAUAUAUAUAUUUCACAUUGACUUUAUAUAUGUAGUAAUAACAAAUGUGAAAAGAUAUUAUUAUUUAAAUGACAAUUAAAUUAACUGUUUAAUAUAUACAAUGCAUCUUUUAAAGGGAUAGUUCACCCCAAAAAUUAAAGAAUAAAUGAUGACGGAAUUAAUUUUUGGGUGAAUUAUUCCUUUAAUAGUAGUCUAUACCUGUCCUGAAGAACAUUCUGCCUUACACGCCGUGUUAUCAUGCACAAAUGCUAAAUUAAGUUUUUUUAUUUUUAUUAAAUAUUAUAAAGUGAUAAAAAAAAUUCUGAUUUUAUUUGUAUAGGACAAUGAAAUGGAAAGUAUGAGCAGAAAUGUGUGUUGUAGUUUGAAUUAAUCAUGAGCAAGAUAUAGAAGAUGAAUUUUUAAUCUUCAACCUACAUUAGGUUUCCCAUUAUUUGGGAUGAGGAAUGCAUGUAUUUGUUCAGCAACAUCAUCAACAUUUUCCAAAUGCUCAUAACAGUACUUGAGACUUUUUGAAUCUAUGUCAAAAGGGUUUAUUUUAAAGGCAUGUCUUUAAUACUGUAAUUUUAUGCAUCUGUAAAUUUAACCUUGCUCUUUCAUGUUUAAGCACUUGUUUAGGCACUUCUGAAGCAAACAGAUACUUUAUAUAUUCAUACAUCUUUAGUUUUGUUGAUAUUUGGUUGGAUGUUUGUGCAAUAACAGAAAAGAACAUUGUAAUUUCCUGCAAUAUAUUUUAAUUUUCUUUUUUUGCUUCUUUAACAUUAUUUCUAAGAUUUAAAGUUUUACAAUAGAUGUUUAAAAAUAUGUAUGGCGUGUUUUUCAAAGAGUUGUCUAUAAAAACCAUCACACUCAAAUCAA